GUGUCCAUGGUGGGAGUCUUGGAGCGGUACUCCUCAAGAUCUUUCAGUCUCUAAGUGGAAAGUGUUCUGUUAUGACAUACCGCAACCAUUCCGACUAUUAACUGACAUCGUCGCCCGUUCACGUCUUCACAACAGGCAAAGAUGCGUCUUUCACAGGCGGUCUUGGUCAUAUUCGCCAUCUCCUCAUCAUACCAACAUGAGAUUGAAAAGCGAGAUACUAAACAGGAGAGAAGGGUCGUUUGUUAUUACACAAACUGGAGCGUCUACAGACCUGGAACAGCGAAGUUCAACCCCCAGAACAUAAACCCUUACCUAUGCACCCAUUUGAUUUAUGCAUUUGGUGGCUUAGACCGAGAAAAUGGUCUUAGGCCGUACGACAAAUAUCAAGACAUUGAGCAGGGUGGGUAUGCCAAAUUCACGGGGCUCAAGACGUACAACAAGGCCCUGAAGACAAUGCUGGCCAUCGGGGGAUGGAACGAGGGCUCUGCCAGAUUCUCGCCACUGGUUGCUGACGAAGAUAGGAGAAAAGAGUUCGUCAAAAACGUCGUAAAGUUCUUACGAGUGAACCACUUUGAUGGGCUUGACCUGGACUGGGAGUAUCCGGCUUUCAGAGACGGUGGAAAGCCGAGGGACAAAGAUAACUAUGCUCAAUUAGUACAGGAACUAAGAGAAGAAUUUGAAAGGGAGUCCUCCAAAACUGGAAGACCGAGGCUUUUGCUCACAAUGGCAGUACCUGCCGGCUUAGAGUAUAUCGACAAAGGAUACGACAUACCAAAAUUGAACAGAUAUCUUGACUUCAUGAAUAUUCUAUCAUAUGAUUACCAUUCAGCAUUUGAACCUUCGAUUAAUCAUCAUUCUCCAUUAUACUCGCUUGAAGAAGAAGGAGAAUACAAUUUUGAUUCGCAGCUGUCAAUUGAUGCUACUGUGAAACACUACCUUUUGAAAGGAGCUGAUGCAAAUAAAUUAGUUUUGGGUAUACCAACAUACGGUAGAUCAUACACACUGUUCAAUGAAGACUCGACCGACAUUGGUUCUCCUUCAGAUGGACCUGGUGAGCAAGGAGACGCCACCAGGGAAAAGGGAUAUCUUGCAUACUACGAGAUAUGCGCAAAUGUUAAAAAUGGAUGGACAGUUAAACAACCGAAGGAAUCUGCAAUGGGACCUUACGCUUACAAAGGAAACCAGUGGGUUGGAUAUGAUGACGAGGCUAUUGUUAAAAAAAAAGCACAAUAUGUCAAUGAAAAAAAUCUUGGAGGCAUCAUGUUUUGGUCAAUUGACAAUGAUGACUUCAGGGGAAAAUGCUCUUCUAGACCGUAUCCACUUAUUGAAGCGGCUAAAGAAGCACUCAUUGGCAAGUUAGUGAACAGCAAUAAACUUCCCUCUGCACCUCGUGGGAAAUCUUCUCUCAAAACUGGUAAAUCAAAGACUCCUCGGACAACCACAUCUCCACCAACACAAACUCCGACUGUCACCACACCUGAUCCACCAACAACACCUGACCCAGGAAGUGAUUUUGUCUGCAAGGACGAAGGUUUUUUCCCACAUCCAAGAGAUUGCAAGAAAUACUUUUGGUGUUUGGACAGUGGGCCAUCCAACCUCGGAAUUGUCGCUCACCAAUUUACUUGCCCUUCAGGGUUGUUUUUCAACAAAGCGGCAGAUUCUUGUGAUUUUGCUAGAAACGUUCCUUGCAAGAAAAAAUCAGUUACGACCACAACAACAGAAUCAACAAAAGCUACAUCUGCCUCACAGUCAAAUAGCAAGACUACUACCAGGACAACCACCACAACUACAACCACAACAACUGAAGCUCCACCAGAAGAAGAAGAGGAAGAUUAUUUCGAUGAGAAGGAUGAAGAGGACCCACAGACAAUCAAACAAUUAAUUACAUUGAUCAAAAAACUAGGAGGAGUUGCUGAAUUGGAAAAGCAGCUUGAAGGUGGAAGUUCAGGCACGGAAAUUGAUUCAACAACCCCUUCCAUAAGCAAAAGUCUUUACAAUCGUGUCAUAAGCAGGCCAACUAAGUAUCAACCAUUUCAACGCAAUGGUCCGUCAGGGCCUCAAAAUGAAGGCUUACCACGAGAAACCGGCCGAUCGUCAUCAAGAAAAGAAAAACCCAAAUAUGUUACUAUUCGCCGGGAGAGACCAAGCACGUCUACAACUGAAAGUUUAGAUUCUGAAGAUUAUGAAGAAGAGGUUGAAGAGGAAAGACCACAAUACAGAGCCAGGGGCAGCCAGACUGAAGGACUUGAAAUCGAGAAGCCAGUGGAGCGACCAAGACCAAAAUACCAGCCUGCCGACAGGUUCCGGUCAAAAUCACAAGACAGGCAAACUCAGGAUGAAAGCCGCAGCUCAGAUCGUUCAACAACACUGAGAUACUCAAACAUUUUCAGAAGCAGAUCUACUCCAUUAGCUGACACAACAGCAACAACUUCAAGGUAUGUAACUCUCCAGAGGCAUAGGAAUCGGCAUGAAAAUGAAAGCACUACUGAAAAUGAGUUGAAUGAAGAGGAAGAAAGCACUGAAGAAUUAGUUGAAACAACAACAACACCCAGGCCCAGAAUAAAGGUGAGUGAUGUGUUAACGACAACCCCUGGUGUUCUUACAUCCACCAGAGUUGUGACUCAUGUUGUUGAAGGAGCAACACAGCGACAAAGAGUGCCUCUACACAAACUUCAACAACUUCUCAAAGACUCAGAAAAUCUAAUUGAGACAGUUACAAAGCCUUAUCAGGCUGAAACAACUGAAGAACCAUAUUCGAGAAGGCCUAUUUUAAAUAGUUUUCAAAAGAAAAGGCCAGAGAUUAUAUUCACAACAACAGUAAGAACAACACCAGCUUAUAUAGCUAUAAGAAGGAAUAAGUACCGAACUUCAAGUUCUACAACCACUGAACCUUCAGAAGUCACAAAAAGAAGCAGGGGUUUUACUCUAAGUAGAAAUCGUUUUAGAUCAACAACUGAAGCAUCUCAGGAAGAAGAAAAGCCAGUGAACAGAUUUUCACCACGGCAAAGAUUUAGGUUUCGAAAUGAUAGCUCCACAGAAAAAUCAACUCUUGACCAACUACCCACAACAGAAUCUAGUCAAACAACUAAACAAUUCACAAGAAGCAAAAAUAGAUAUUUUAAUAUUAGAAGAACAACACAAAAAAGUUCAACAACCGAAAGAGAUGAAGAAGAAGAAGGUCUUUUAUCAAGAGAAUUUUCUAGAGAAAGCAAUGUUAUAAGAAGACCUUUCUUCAAACCAUCUACAAAGAUUGAAAACGCUUUUAACACAACUCGGGCUAGUGAACAAGCAAAUAAUAAAACUACCUCUAGUGAUGAUGUUUCACCAUACCCUAUUUAUAAGCAUUCUAGUCUUUCAACCACCUUUCAGUAUGAAUUAAAUAGCACAACUCCUAAUACUCUUACUACUACAACCCCUAUGGAAAGUUUAUUGACCAAAGCAGAUCUUAACGUAACAACUGCAACCACAAGUACAAACACAAUUUCUCAAAAUGAAAAUGAAAAAGAUACUACAACAAUUCAGCCUUCUACAGAACAAAAUAUAAUUCAGUUUACCACAAUUUUACAUAGAGAAAAAGCUGAAAAUGAAUCUAAAAUAGAUCAAGAGACCAGUUCAAAUGAUGUCUUGUUAAAACUUGACAUUACAGAAAAGCCUCAGCUUAUUCGCCCACGAAAUAGAACAAAAAUAAUUUUGAGAAAAACAAAACACCAUGAAAAUCAUAAUGACUCAUUGUCAUCAGGAACUGAGUCUUCUGGGGAUGUGUUUAAAAAUAAUUUACAUAAAAAAAUUGAAACUCCGAAGAUUUCACAUGAGAAAACAUUUGUAAAUCCGGCAUUAAGGAACAAACUUCAUGACAAUGCAAGAGUUGUAAUCCGAAGAAGAAAACCAGAAACUGGAAAGAGUAUACAAUUUAAAGAAAAUUCCACUAAAAAUUCUAUUGAUCCACCGGCAAGCCCACAAAGAGUCUCAAGAGGUAAAACUAAAUUUUCUGGGGCAAAUAGCUAUGAAGAAUUGCCAAAAAGAAGGGAAUUUGUACGAACAAACUCAGAAGGCACACCUAAUCACAGAAGAGUAAUUGUCAGAGGAAGGAAAAAGUUUACCGAGGACAUCAGUACUGAAGCUACUUCAGCGAAACUGAAUCAAUCUAGUCAAAAACAAAAUAUCACACACCCCACAUCUCAGUAUCUGACAAAGCACAAAGGAAAAGUGAGAAGAGUGGUUUUAAAGAAAACCAUAAAGGAUUUGGCAGUUGGAGAGUCCGGGAUACCAGGAAGUCAAGAAGAUUUGUACGACAACAAUGACAACACAAAAAUAAGGGGAGCUCUUAAAAUAUGGGACUCGUUAGCACAAGAAGAAGUAGAUAAUUACUUCAACGAUGACGAUGAAACAAUAAAAGGGGAAAAAGAGAUCUCUCGUGCUAGACGGCCACUACAGAGGAGACCAACUUCACGUUCGACCACAACGACAACAACAGAAGCACCAACCACUGCUAGGCAGUUCUCAACAAUUCAUUCAUUGAAGCAAAGGCUCAACCGUUUCAAGACAGAGAAGAAUAAGCCAUCUUUCCCAAAUACUCGAGUGACAACAUCAACUGCAGCCCCAAGGAAGUCCGAAUUCCGAAGAGUGGUCAAACCAGUGACUGAAUCUGUGGUGGAGAACUCACAGUUGGAAAACUCAGCGCCUAAAGGCACUUUUGCAAAAACAACACAAUAUCACAGAGAGACAUUGUUCAAGCCGAGUACACACUUGACCAACGAUGAUAUUUUGUACCACACUACACAAAUUGAAGAGCAAGCCACAGAAAGCUCAUUCACAGAUGAGCACAUCACUGAUGAGCAUGGGGAAAUCACAUUCCAUGAGAUCAACAGUCAAGAUGAAGAGCCAAUUUCUGAUCUUGCUAAUGUUGCUGUUGCUGCCAUUCAAUCCCUUGCGACUUCCCCACCGACUCAAGCAACACAACAAUACAAAGUUACUACAACAAGGCCAACUACAAAGCAUGUCACACACAAAAUCCGUACCAGGCCAACAAGGCCACCGACUGUAAGGCCUGUGAGUACUACUCCUAUAAUCAUUCCAUCAAGAGGUCUCCUGAGAAGUUCUCCUCGCCCGUUCUCAAAAGCGACCCAUUCUUCUCGCAAUCUUCCUGUGGCAGACCCAGUUAUAUACGAUGACUAUGAGGACUACUAUGCAGAGCCGGUUGACGUCCCAUUGUCGGGGAAAGUGAGAAUCCACAAUGACGGCUACAUCGAGUGUCUCGACAUUGGAAACUUCCCACACCCUUUCUCUUGCAGAAAGUUCAUAUCUUGCGCAAAAAUGGAGAACGGCCACCUACUUGGCUGGGAGUACACCUGCCCAAAAGGCCUGUCUUUUGACCCAAUUGGUGGAAUAUGUAACUGGAAUGCUGGGCUAGGGUGUAAGGAAUGAGUUUUAAAGAUUUUAAAACACCUGGCUUAUCUCAAUUUUUCAAUACUGACUGAACAGGUUACAUAAAUUUCAUAAAUACUCAACUCUCGCACAUAUGACA